GUCUGACAUCUUUCUUUGUGCAAUUUAUGUCGGGUCGCUCAUGAAAUAUCCCGUUAUUUCCCUUUCGUAAUUCAUCUAACAAAGGCAUUAUCUAUUUGUGACGAUCGGCCGUGGUUAGUGGAGCAAGAGCUAAAAAUCCGCAAGCGCUGGGUUCAGUGACACCGUGCCACGAAAUAUUUUAUUUUGAUCGUUUUUAGAAUAUCGAUUUUAGACACCGUGUGCAAGAUACAUGUUUAUAUGAAGUUUAUUUAUUAGUGUGAACGAGUGUUUGGCGAACAAGCAACAAGAUUUUUGUGUCACGGUCCAACCCAAGAGUGCGCCGUGUCUUGGGGGAAAAGCACCCCGGGCACUACGGUGGCCCCAGACACACCGGCGCCAGCGCCCCAGCCUCCGGGGGUGCUGGAGAUGACGGGCACCGAUAACAUCCGGUUCAGCGGGCACACGCUGGACAAGGCCACCAAGGCCAAGGUCACCCUCGAGAACUUCUACACAAACCUCAUCACCCAACACUAUGAGAGGAAACAGAGGCUGGAGAAACUGGAGGAGUCGCUCAAAGAUGAAAGCCUGUCGGAGAGCCAGAAGCAGGAGAAGCGGCAGCAGCACGCGCAAAAGGAGACCGAGUUCCUGCGGCUGAAGCGUUCGCGGCUCGGCGUCGAGGACUUCGAGCCGCUCAAGGUGAUCGGGCGCGGUGCGUUCGGCGAGGUGCGGCUGGUGCAGAAAAAAGACACAGGACACGUUUACGCGAUGAAAAUCCUCAGGAAGGCAGACAUGUUGGAAAAAGAACAGGUGGCACACGUGAGAGCCGAGCGCGACAUCCUGGUCGAAGCGGACCACCAGUGGGUGGUGAAGAUGUACUACAGCUUCCAGGAUCCCAUGAAUUUGUACCUCAUCAUGGAGUUCCUGCCAGGAGGCGACAUGAUGACGCUGCUCAUGAAGAAAGACACGCUCAGCGAGGAGUGCGCGCAGUUCUAUGUUGCAGAGACCGCGCUGGCCAUAGACAGUAUACACAAGCUUGGGUUUAUACACAGGGACAUAAAACCAGACAACCUAUUGCUGGACGCGCGCGGGCACAUCAAGCUGAGCGACUUUGGACUCUGCACCGGUCUCAAGAAGAGCCAUCGCACCGACUUCUACCGGGACUUAUCGCGCGCCACCCCUUCUGACUUCAUAUCGACGUCGUCGUCCGCGAUGGAUUCCAAACGGCGCGCCGAGUCCUGGAAACGGAACCGCCGGGCGCUCGCGUAUUCGACCGUGGGAACCCCCGACUAUAUUGCCCCCGAGGUGUUCUUACAGACGGGAUACGGGCCCCAGGCGGAUUGGUGGAGCUUGGGAGUCAUAAUGUAUGAAAUGCUCAUCGGCUACCCGCCAUUCUGUUCCGAGUCGCCGCAAGAAACGUACCGCAAGGUGAUGUCGUGGCGGGAAUCGCUCACCUUUCCGCCAGAAAUACCGAUCAGUGAAGAGGCGAGGGACACCAUACUACGGUUCUGUUCUGAGCCAGACCGCAGGCUAGGCUCGCAACGCGGCAUCGAGGACGUGAAGUCGGUGCCGUUCUUCCGCGGCGUGGACUGGAGCCACGUGCGCGAGCGGCCGGCCGCCAUCUCUGUGGAAGUGCGCUCCAUCGACGACACGUCCAACUUCGACGACUUCCCCGACGUCAAGCUGGAGAUCCCCGCUGCCCCAAUAACGCAAGACGGCGAGGUGGCAUACAAGGACUGGGUGUUCAUAAACUACACGUUCAAACGGUUCGAGGGGCUCACGCAGCGUGGCACGCCCACCAAGAAGUGAACCCGCGGCCCGGCAGAGGUAACGCCCACGCACUGACGUCACACACAAAGUACGCGCCCGCUCUGCUGACGUCACGUAUUACAUGUUAGGGAAUAUGUAAUACAUCAGGCUACAAUAAGCACUAGUUAUAGAUUUAUGUAUUCCGCUGCCUUGACACUCUAGUGGUUAAUCUUGUAAGACAAAUGUGGAUUGCAAUCACUCCAUGUCCAUAUGUUUUCUCGUGGCGAUCGUUUUUGCCUUUACAAUUUAUUGAUGACUCCUUAGAUGCUAAUCAGUCAGUCCGCAAAUAGACACUCGGCAUUCGUAAUGGUGCUCUGGGCAGCGAAUUACUAAAUGAAAUACCAUUUAUUUAUUCGCAAUGCAAAUAUUGUCAAUGCCUCUAGUUUUAAAACUUGUCCUAUCGAAUCACUCUGUGUUUAACCAAUCCGUGUGGCAUCCAAAGUAGCCAAAAAGUUGGCAAAACGUCUUUGUUACAAUUGGAAUAAGGUUGUGUUGUCAAUUUUUUGGCCUAUGGGUGUCGCGAACUAUUUGACGCUGACUGUAUACGACUCACCAAAUCAAAUCUUUUCAUCAAAUUCAUUGUUUUGCGUAGAUUUGGUAUAAAAUUAUAUCGAGCACUGAUCUCGUCUCCAUAUUCUAUACCAAAGUCAUCUGGCUUCAAUAAUUUCAGAAUCUAAGCUAUAUUAUCAAAAUAUCGAAAUAAUAUCAUAUCUGGCUGUCAUUAUUGUCUAAUAGAUAAGUCUAUCAGUCCGUGUCAUGUUCUAGAACGAGUUAUGCCUUGUCAUCAGAGAUGAGCAUUAUCAAUAUCUGUUCAGUUUUAUGACUAGAGGCAAAUGUAAUCUUUGUAUUUACAAUACAUGAUUAAAUUAUUUUAUUUAAAGUCCGAUAUAACUAAAACGUAACAUUAUUUAUGAUAUGUUUUAAUUUAAAUGCAAAAAUGAUUUAAAACAAAGUCCUUUAAAGAUUAUUAUAGCAUAUUUGUGAUUUUAAAUCUUAUUAAAUAUAUUUUUGUGAUUUUGGAAAGUAAUUAAUUAUAUGAAAUAAUAAGUCUUGGAAACAGUAGAUACUAUUUACAUACUAUAAUAUGAUCUUUCAUUUAAUUGCAAAAGCUUAAGACACACAAAUGUAUCAUUAUGUUUGAUAUUGCGUUAGUUAGUUCUAUUAAAUAAUUAUUAUUACGAGCAUUAGCAUUGAUGAUUUAAAUUUUUGAUUAUAUAAUGAACUAAUACAUUAAUUAUUACACGUAGCGUAGAUAAUUGUUUUGAGUUAUUAUUUAUUAUUAUGCUAUUAUUACAACGUCUACGUAUAUUUAAAAUAUAACGCGAAUUAUUUUCAUAAAUCCUUGCCAAUUAUAUUGUAGAAUUACACACAUAUUCUUCUAAUAAUGUACUUCUUACUGAGCAAUUUUUAAAAGACAUUUCGUAUAGAAAUAUCUUUUGAAUUGUCGUCUAAAAUAACCUAGUUGUAGUAAAUAUUACCUCUGCUCGGUUUACCUAAGAACACGUUAGUACGCCGUAGGAGUGUCCUACAACACCUGACUUGCCUAAGGCACUCACUGACAUAAUAUAGUUUUUCUAUAUAUAUUUUGUUACGCAGUCAAAUGUGUAUAGCUUUAUAAAAUUUGCGGUCGACAAUACUUGAUGAGUCGCACGCACGGGGCUUGUAUUCGCUUUUUGGUAAUAUUUUUUGAUGUAUUGAUUUGAACUGUAUGUACUAAGCUUAACAUGAGUUCACUUUAAUACUUGUAAGUGAAUAUACGUCUUGAAUUACUACAAAAUUGUAUAAACGAACUUGAAAAGUUAAUACAAGACCCGUGCGGGAAACGGCUUAGACCAAGCUCAUGUAAUCUUUAGCGAGUGAGCAAUAAGGUUGGCAUUACAACAUCCAUAAAGUUAAGGCUAAUGUCAAAUGUGGUGGCGCGGGCGCACGUGGGAGGCGUCGCGACAAGAUGGCGGAUGUUGCUAACUGUCACUGAUAUUACUGCGUAAGAGAAUUCUCGUCAUAAUCUGCAUAUCUCGGUUUACUUCAGUUUAGAAUUAAUUUUUAGCUGUAAAAAUAUUACCUACAUGUCAUAAGACAAUUAGCCUUUGAUAAGCAAGCUUUUCAUUCUUUCUUCAAACGGUAGUGUGUUGUUCUCCUUUCACAUAUCACACAGUUCAGUGCAAGCUCAUGCUCAGUGAUGUUUUGGGUUACCUGUAAUUCUUAACUGCCUUUCUCUUCACGGUAGGUUUUAAUCUUUUUGUAUAAAGUGAUAAGAAGCCCAUCUAACCAAAGGGUCAGUUCGAAUCUAUGGAAAGGACGAUUCGUUGACUUAAUAACCGUUAGAGGUUUGUUUGUAGAUAAAGAUCAAGUGAUGGUAUUUCUAUAUUUAAAGUAGAGGUGUAAACUGGAGUAGACUGACCGCAGAGGUUCGGGCGCGCCGCGUUUAUGCGCGACAUGUUUUAGAGUAUUAGUGUUCGCAUUUCACAUUGAUUUAGCAGUUUAUGUUGUAUGUAUUAUUGUUUUGCGUAGAUCCCAUUAUGACAAUCAAAUUGUGCUUAAAGUUGGUAUAAGGAGGAUGCGAAGCAGACACGGGUUGAUACCGUUUUUUUAGAGCGCUACGGCGCUGUUAGGCCCAGAACAGACGGUGAAACGCAACUGCAACGAAACUGCAACUUUCUGAUGAUUCUUAUGAAUGAAACUGACUCUGAAAGUUUCAAACUGGUCGCGUCAUGUGUGGUCUCUCAACGGACGCUAUAGCAGAAACUUAGAUGCAACUCAAAAGUAACUAGCAGUUGCAGUUUCGUUUCACCGUCUGUUCUGGGCCUUACACGAUUGAUUGCUCGGCGGCACAUGCCGGCGAUAUGAGGAUAAUUAUGUCCGUACUGUCUUAUUCGCUAAACGGCUUCAGCAAGGUGACAGGCGACCUGUCGGUGCUGUCUCUGACUCGACUGAACCGACCUUUAAUUUCUUCAAAUGGCGUACAGUUUACAAAAGUUUAUGAGGACGACUGGCAAAUAUGGCAAUACAAAUCUAGGAUACACUGAGGGAGCUUCACGUCUCUAAUUUCUAGUCUGUGACGGUAUAUCGGUUGUUUGACAAAUAACAGAUGAGUAUUGUCUCGAGAGGCAAUACAUUUUACGGAACUGUAUCGAAGAUUAUUAAGAGUGUACAUCAAAUAUUGAUUUGUUAACCGAUAUAUCGUUUCCGACGAACGUCUCAUUACUUUGAAAAUAAAACACCACUAUGAUUAAUUAUUUUUAUGUUAGUUAAUUGAAGCAAUAUUAUUGAAAUCAACAUAAUCAAAAUCUUAUUUAGAGCUUUUGCUAUUAUUGAUUGCCAGAGUUAUCGAUUGAAACUUGACUAACGAAUCGCUGUACAAGUCGUCAGGAAUGCUUGCACCGCGGGACUUAUCUACGUGAAGUAUAUUAUAUUAUUUUACCUCUAUAUUAUACAUAAUGAUAUAGUUAUUAUAAAAUGAAAAUAUAUAAAACAGUAGUAAACUAUCAAUUCUAACGCAAUAGCAAUCCGUCCAAAAUUAAUUUAACUAUCAUACGGAAAAUUAAUUUUAAAUAAUAUUUACCUUUAAUAUAUCUCUUCGAGUUGUAUAUUAAUAUAAUUUAUAAAAGAAACUUUAGUAUUAUAUUUUAAUGUGAAAUGUAACGGACAAAAGUCAUUCUUAUGAUGAUAAAUAAAGGAAAAAAAGAAAUUGGCUGCAUACACGCGAGCAAGCAUUUCUGACGACAAAUUAAUUUGUAUACACAAAUAUUAAGUCGUGCCAAAAAUCAAGUUAGACUCGGUUCAAAAUGUAGUCGUAUCAUUUGCUUGUCAACACAUUCGUGCUAAAAUAUGAUUAAUUACUUUACUAAUUUGCUGCGAACGUGAUUUGACUAUAGGUACGACUUCACUAGCUAAAUAGUUGCUUCCUGUCACCCUUUCAUGUAUAUAUUUAAUGCUAAUGUUAACAUACAUAUCCGCUAUUGGUAUUGCCAUAAGACGAGGUGAGGAUAUUUGGAAAUACGCUUAGAGUUGCCGGUGUUGACUUGCAUUUGAAUAUUCUCUAUUCCUAUGGUAAUACGGUUGUCAAAUCUCGUCGCGUACGGACCCCUCAGCGGUGUUUCUUGCCGGUAGCGUAAGUACAAAGUUCCGUAGUGAGUAGGGAGGGGGGUGUAGUUGCGGAGUCCUUUGCUAAAGCCCGGUCUCUGAGCACGUAGAAUUUUGUCCAAUGACCCCAAGCUACCCAUCCUUAUCGCUCGCGCGUAAUUAUGUUGCUGUUGCGCUCGCACACUCACUGCGGGCGCCCGUCGCACAGUCGCGACAGCAAUAUAAUUACGCGCGAGCGAUAAGGAUGGGUAGCUUGGGAUCAUUGGACAAAAUUCUACGUGCUCGGCGACCAGACUAUAUACGUAAACACGCUGGGGCCUGGCAGAGGAGGGUUUGUUUGUGGAAACGUCAGACUAGGCAACCGUGAAAUAGACGUCCUUAACAAUUCAGUUCUUUAUGAUUAUUAUUUAAUAAAUAUUUUACAUUUAUAAUAAUCUUAAACCACAUACAAAGCCUACAUUGUUAAACCCUAGUCCGGUUCGGCCAUACAACGUCGGGCUCGCGUGGGCGUACGAUGUAUCUUUACGGUGACUUUAUUAGUAAGAAUACUGAACUAAACUCUACGUAGGUAACAUUUACAAUGGUUCUUCGUUUGUGAUGGAUUCUCUAGAAUCAUUUGUGCUGAUUUGUAAGUUUACAUUUUUACAUCUGACGCAACGCUGCGAUGCGAUGCGGCCCGGCGUCCGCAAGCCCACAGCCCACACACUAACAUGGUCCUGGUUUUAUUGCACUACUAUAAGAUACAUUAAUAAUUCUCAUUACGUAAUAUCAACUUGUACAAACUUAUAAUUCUCUUGAUUUUUUUUUGUUAGUUAAUACCAGUACAGUUUUAGUUGUACUCUUGUGCUUAGUGAACUAAUAAAGAAUUUGGUGUUGUAUAAUUUUAAUUAUUCGAUUAUAGUGUCUAAAUUCAUGUUUAAUUUAAGUAAAUUAUUAUGGUCAAUGUUUUGUAAAAUUUCCUCUUUGGGUGAUGACGACAGAGAGCUCCGGACACCGAUCCUCAUUAAAAAUUCAAUAAUACAGACUGAGUCAUCUCUUAUCUUGUUUUUAGUUAUAAAAAACAUGUAAAUGGCUGUAUGUGUCAACUUGUAGUCCUCUCCUAAAAUAUAACAUUUACUGUGACCUCUUAAAUGUAAACGUUUCUAUUCAGAGUCGAUCUCUAGCUUCGAUUGUUAGCGUGAACAAAGAGCCAUUGAAUUGAACUAAGCAGACCCUUAAUUAGAGGAAGCGCUCGCUAGGGAAUGACCAAAGUCCGGCGUUUAUCUGUCGUCAGCGCCACUCGUGUUGAAUGCGCGCGCGGCGGCCGCCAUCUUGUGGUUGUCUUGUGUACAAACGGCAGCGCAUCAAGCUUAACACCAUGGCGUCUUACGUAGUUGUAAGGGCUUGUUCCCGUUUUUGCAGGAUCCCGUUUAGUAGUAUACAUACAUGUUUUAUUAACACUAAAGUUCACACGAACAUCCCGUUUGUAGUGUCCCGCAAAAAACGGAAUUUUUUGAAUUUGUAAUUCGAAUUUCAAAUUCACACAUGACAGUCCAGUUUUGCAGGAUGCUGCUUUACUGAAUCCCGCAAAACUGGAUUGUCAUGAGAACGAGCCCUUACGUACUUGUAACAGAUACCAUUCUGCAACUAAAUGUAUUCCGAUGUACUGUCGACUGUAAGUACCUAUUAUUUCGUAUUUCUUUGAAAUACCAAAUUUAAUUUGUUAUAUUGAAUGAUUUAUGUACAAAUUGUUUAGUUUAUAAGUUUUUGACAUCACAUUUCGAUUUAAAAUAUUAAUAAGUAACGAAAUCAAUGUGAAUUAAUUGUUUCGUGUUACAACAGAUACAUAAAACUAUUGGAAUUAUAUGGAUUCAUCCCUUCUUAUCGAGUCACGUACAGUACCUUUGCUAGAAACUUUUUUAAAUCAAAAAGUGUGUUUUAAUGUGUGCCGUUACAGUACACCCGUAAUUAAUUUCUGUAAUAUUCUGUUAAUUUGUCUGUUGGUUAUUUAAACCACAGACAGUUAAAAAUGAAUUAUUUCUGCUGAUAUGUUGGUAACGAAUUAUAAUUCAUUUAUCAAUUAUACACUUUAUAUUUUACUCUAUUGACAUUUUCCACUGUGUUAUGAUCUUGAAUAUUUGUUAAUGAUUUCGUAUAGGCUGCGUUGGCCGUACUAUAAGACAUGAGCUAAGUCGUCGCGGCGCAAGUAACACGAACCUAAGUGAAUACGUUAUACUCUUACUGUAUUUAGCACAUUACAGACCAACAAAGUUAUGUUCUAUAUUGUUUCUGUAAGUACAUAGAUACGGGGGCAUGUAAAGCCUUGACAAAUAGCAUCGAGUUGUAAAUUAAAAGUAUCGUUUUGGAGGCUCCAGCUUUGUUUGCGCUACGAACAGAAUAAUUGAUUACGAGCUUAGUUCGCGAACGCAUAGUGUUGUCCCUUCGUUGGUCCGACAUGCCCUGUACAUGUACCUGUACCGUGAACAUAGCACCUUAUUUAUUAGUGUUGUUAAUUCAAUUUUAUUGACGUGCGAAGGCAUUGUAGAGCACGCGACCUCUCACAUGAUUGAAAUUAGCUAUUUGCUUUGUUAUUGUUAUCAAAGAUAAAAAAUAUGAAUUAUUUAAUUUCGUAAAUUGUAAGUUUUUGAAGUAUUUUGUUUAAUACUUAUUGUUUCUUCCAUGUGAUUAAGAAAGUGGCAAUACAAAUAAGCAUUA